AUGUUCCUCAGUAUCGGGAAUGUAGACCAAAAGGAUUUUUCAUCCCACAGGUCACGGCGCGGAGGAGACUGUUGGAUAAACAGUCGAUGCAAGUUCGUAGAACGACGAGAUAUUCGCUUGUCCCAACUGGCCGCGAUUUCCUCGACUAGUUUGACCACUAACCCUAUUGUGGGUAGUCACGAGGAUACGAUAGAGUUCUCGGACGGUCACAGCCCUGCAGGAAACGGUUACGCCCUCCUUAUCUGGCUCCGUUAUUGUCCAGGUUCCUGCUUUCCCCUCUCUCUCAUCCCUUUACUCUCCGAAGGUCAAUGUGCAAGAAUUGCCGGGUUUUUAACAUCCAGGGAUCCACCGACCUACCGUUCCUACUACAAAAGUCCUUGCACUAGUCGUCGUAUCCACAACCGGUGCGAAACCAAUAACUCUGGGAGCAGGAAUAUCACUGGUAAUAACGUUCAAACAAAUUAUGGGAAAUCUGCUGAUCAUGGCAUUCGGGAAGGAGAUUCGGAUGAUGGAUCUGAGGACACGAAUGACUCCGAUGCUGACGAUAACGAAGGCAUCAAUGACUGCCGUGGAAAUGGCAACUGCGCGACAUCUUGGCCAUACACGAACGCCAUAUCUAGAAGAGGGAACUUGCCUGGAAACGGUCUUCAAGAUAGUACGGAACACGGAACAUACCCGGUCGCCGCAUCGUCAGCGUUUUCGUCUCCUCAGAUAGAGAUGCCCCUCACCCUACCUCAAUCCCAAUUCAAUCCUCUUUCUCCAUCUACAAGUCUUCAGCUUCAGUUGUUCCAAACACCGAGGCAGAUAGUCCCAUAUCCAACACCCCCGUGUUCCCCAUCCGCACCUCUAUCCAACAGAAAUCCUUUCGAUGAAGUUUACCUUUCCACGGAAUUCGACAAUCGAUGUCGGAUAUCCGGUCCUUCAUUUGCGUCUUUUGUUGGUGGUACUUUCUAUGAGAUUCCUUAG